AUGGUCGCUCUACGGAAAACGAUAACAGUAAGAUCAUUUCUUUUACUGCAAUUUGAAUAUUUGGAACUCAAUUCCAUACUAAUAUCAAAAUCUUUGAUUACAGGAAACCAUUCUGAAAACGGAACCCUAAAGGAACAAACACCAAUCAAAACCCCCCAAAAACAAAACGGAGGAUGUGAUGGUGGCGAGAUGGAAGAUGGCUUUGAGUUUAUCGUUAAAAACAAAGGCAUCAACACUGAGGUGGCUUACCCAUAUCAGGCAACAGAUGGAACCUGCAACACCAAGGAAGAAGUUGUCCAUGCUGCCACCAUUACUGGGUAUGAAAAAGUGCCAGCCAACAGUGAAUCCGCAUUGUUACAUGCAGUCGCUAAUCAACCCGUAUCAGUUGCCAUUGAUGCCAGUGGCAUGGGUUUCCAGUUCUAUUCAGGUGGCGUGUUUAGUGGGGAUUUUGGAACUGAUCUUGACCAUGGUGUUACAAGCUUGUUGAAUCAAAUGGAGUUAUAUGUGGUUGUGUAUAUACUUGCAAUCUUAGGCUUGGAUAGUCUACAAGGAAUCAUGCUGGAUCAAGGCAGCUGUAUUGAUACCUGUUGUACUUUUUGCAGGAAGGUGCAUGAUAGCAACAACAACCGAUUUCUAUUUUGUAUUGUCAUUGUAGCAGUGUGGAUUGCAUAUAAGGAAUCAAGGUAUGAAAAGCUGCAACGGUGGGAUGAUGCCCUUAAAGCAUACACUGCAAAAUCUGCUCAAGCAACAAGUCAACGUCUUAUCUUGGAUGCUACACUAGGUAAUUCAUAUUGUAGUGUAUUUAUUCCAAAUCCCAAAUUCUUUGGAUGGAGAAAAGGGUCACAAGAAUUAUCGAAGCAGGGGUUCAAUAUUAGUCUUAAAGAAGUAUGA